AGCAUUCUCAGCCAACCCGACUCCUCUUAUCAACUCCACGUUUGUCGCUGUCGUUUAACCAUGCACUGCCUCAACGCGCUGCGACUGUCAGAACUUCUGCAAGUUAUUUCCAAAAAUACAAAUACGAUGAGGAAUUUUCUCUCCAUACAUCCAGUAUGUUUGGUCAGAAAUUCAACAACUACAUUUCAGCGACGAACUUACACCCACGCGGAUCAUUCCUAUAAUAAAAUGAACAUGCAUUCCACAUCUCCCAGUUCUGGAGUGGAAAACAUGCUUUUCUACACCAUCACCGAAGGAAGAGACCAAGUGCCCAUUUCAUACUUUAACGCUGCCCUGAAAAAAACUGGCCUUCAGCCCUCAGACCCUCGGCUCAGAGAGUGCAUGGAGAAGCUUCAGCAGGCUGAGACGGACUCUGUUGGUGAGGUGAUGAUGGAUAGAGACCUUUUCCACAGAUGUGUUGGUGGCAACAUCGUUCUGCUGAUCCAGGCCUUCCGAAAAAAAUUCAUCAUCCCUGAGUUUGAUGUGUUUGCAGAGAAAAUCAAUGAAAUCUACAAGACAGUUCAAGAACAAAGUGAUGGAAAGGUUGCUGACUACAUUCCUCAGCUGGCUAAGUUCAGUCCAGAAUUAUGGGGUGUUUCUUUAUGUACAGUUGAUGGACAGAGGCACUCUGUUGGUGACACAAAGCAGCCCUUCUGUCUGCAGUCAUGUGUGAAGCCCUUGCAGUAUGCCAUCGCUGUCCAUGAAUCUGGAACAGAGAAGGUUCACAACUAUGUCGGCAUGGAGCCCAGUGGACUCAAGUUCAAUGUUCUUUCUCUUGAUGAGGAAGAUCAGCCUCACAACCCCAUGGUGAAUGCUGGAGCCAUUUUGAUCAGCUCUCUCAUCAAGCCUCUCUCAAAUAAGGCAGAAAAGUUUGAUUAUGUUAUGGAGUUUGUGAAAAAGAUGGCCGGCCAAGAAUAUGUUGGAUUUAGCAAUGCCACGUUUCAAUCAGAAAAGGAAACUGGUGACAGAAAUUUUGCCAUUGGUUACUACAUGAAAGAGAAGAAGUGUUUUCCUCCAGGAGCUGAUAUGAUUGAUGCCCUUGAUUUUUACUUCCAGCUUUGUUCCAUUGAGGUGUCCUGUGAAUCAGGAAGUGUCAUGGCUGCUACUCUGGCUAAUGGAGGGAUCUGUCCAAUCACAGGCGAGCGAGUCUUGAGUGCAGAGGCGGUGAGAAACACGUUGAGCCUCAUGCACUCCUGUGGGAUGUAUGACUUCUCUGGCCAGAUGGCUUUUCAAGUGGGCUUGCCAGCGAAAUCCGGAGUGUCUGGUGCAAUACUGCUGGUGAUCCCUAAUGUAAUGGGAGUGAUGUGCUGGUCCCCACCUUUGGACAGAGUUGGGAACAGUGUUCGGGGAAUACACUUCUGUCAGGAGCUGGUUUCACAAUUCAAUUUCCACAAUUACGACAACCUGAGGCACUUUGUAAAGAAGCAAGACCCCCGCCGGCAGGAUGGAGACGACAGGAACAAGUCUGUUUUCAACUUGAUGUUUGCUGCCUUCAGUGGGGAUGUGUCAGCACUGAGAAGAUUUGCCCUUUCAACUGUGGACAUGGGUCUGAAAGACUACGACUCUAGAACAGCGCUACACAUUGCUGCAGCAGAGGGUCACAUAGAUGUUGUAAAGUUCCUCAUUGAUACCUGCAAAGUUGAUCCAUUUGUUCAGGACAGGUGGGGGAAUCUUCCAGUUGAUGAUGCCAUGCAAUUUGGACAUGAAGAAGUUGUGAAGAUGCUAAGAGAAUAUCAGCAAGACUGGAAACAGCAGGAAAUGCAACAUGGUGAGGCUGAACAUCCCCGAAAACUGGAUACAAUCGAAGGCAUGGUGUGAUAGCUAUAAAACAGAAUGGUAGCGUGACAGCACAUUUAUGAAACCUAUGUGAACUUGUGGAAGCUCAUUGUUAAACAUGAACUAAGAACCAAAUCAAAACAUCCUGACGAAAUGAAUGUAAUUGAACUAUGCAUACUGUAACAAAUAUUUCAAGGGUUUAAGCUAUUAUAUUUAUAAUUUGUCAAAAUGUGUCAAGUAAAAUAUUUAAGGACAAUGUCAAAUUAAAACUGCUGCAAUUCUGCAUCAACCACAAUGUUUUUGCUUAGAUAUCUAUUUAAAGCUAAAACUUUCUGUAUGAUUUGUAAACAUGUGUUAAUAAAGUGCUUUUACAGGCUUUAAUCUCUGUAUUUUGCAAUUAUAUUUUCCUUACAUGGCCUGUUGGAUCAUGAAUAUAAGUAUCAAAGAAUAAUUAGUCAUUUUUCAACACAAUCCAGAACAGCCAUUCCUUUGUAUGGGAUUUUCAUUAGCCUUUGAUGUUCACAGGGGCUUAUUCACAAAUACUUCUGGCCUUUGUAACUACAUGCACACAUGCAAACUUAAAACAAAACCACAGGUAUUUGCAAAAAUUCUGUGUGUUUACAAUACAGAAUUGCAAAAUUUGUAUUUUGUUUAAUCUUGAAAGUUUGAAUACAUAAUAAAACAAUGGAAAAUGUGCUUAGUAAUACUCUGUUGUAAAUCUCAUUAAUAAAGAGAUGUUUUUGAAGUGUU